AUGAAUGUGGCUACUGCCGUGUAUGUGGUUGUGCUGGCCGUCCUCUGCGGUGCUACCGGCGGAGCCGAGGGUGCACUGAAGUUUAAAUGGAUAAGGCCAGCCACUGAGAGAAAAUUGACGCAGGAAGAAAAACUGAAGUGGGCUAGUACCUGGAAAUGUUUCCUUCGCAUCAUAGAGGAUAGUGAAUUCCAUCAACACAUCUGGGAGCGGAACAAAAAUGGGUCGUUUCUGGGACCAUCGGGACAGUUCCUCACCCCCUGCGACCUCAGCAUUGUAAAAUGUGUGAAGGACGAUUUGACAGAGCUUACGGUGAGUGGCAUGAGGAACGGGAAGUUGAACCUCCAUCACCUACCAAACACCGUUCACUCAGUAACGGUAGAAUCCAGCACAUUGAAUCAGCAACUCCAGAUAAGUGGCUCCUUGUCAAGGUUAACCUCCCUGGUAUUUGACAACGUCACAUUUACGUCAGAUAGCGCAGUGAUCGAUGGGAGCCAGACUCUCAAGAGGUUUGCCUGCAGGAACUGUGGUCUUCGCUUCAUCUCGUUUUCUGGUAGAAGUACUCUGCAGGAGUUGGACAUUAGCGGUAAUGCGCUCAAUACCACCUUGCCUUCACCUCUUCCCAGUAGUCCUCUUGCGCUUAUUAUGCAGAACUGUACGCUGGCCAUGCCGCUGACGAAAGUAUUGAAAUCGCUACCAAACACUGUGCAUUCAUUUGACUUCAGUUAUUCCAAUGUUUCAGAUAUUUUAAAGGCACUUACGCACAUGCCAUCUCAUCUACAUGUAAUUAAGUUGAGCGGCUGCCGCAUUGACGCUGAAGUUUCUUUAUUGACCGCUGCCUUGGACUCCGUCUCGGGAAGCAUUCGAGAGGUGAUUGCAAGAGACUGUGGCUUGAAUGGGAGUCUUAGGCAACUCCGCAAUUUUGGAUCCUUGCGCGUCCUCGACCUAUCUUGCAAUCGCAUCUCGUCCGUGACAUGGGAGGAACUACCUUCACUUCUGGAGGUUAUCAGUCUCGGCAAAAACGCUCUUGCUGGUAGUUUUCCUGUGCGUCGUCUUCCACGUUCCCUCACUCUGCUUAAUGUAACCUACAAUGGCCUGUGGGGAAACAUCAACCUUGGUCACCUUCCACAAAAUCUGGUGACACUAGAUAUAAGUCAUAACAAUUUCAGUGGCGAUCUUGAUCUUACCCAACUCCCAGAAUCCAUUCGUUACGUGUACGUGCAAUACAACGGGUUUCAAGGCACGCCUAACCUGGUUGAGAUUCCUGUUGCAAUUCGUAAAAUAUUAAUACAUGACAAUAACUGGGAAUCGUUACUCCCCGUCUUAUGA